AUGGGCUCUCUGAGUUCUGCUCUGAUAAUCCCCCCACCAUCAUCAAAGCUAAAAUCAGCUUUGUUUGCAGAUGAAAGACUCCAUUUUUAUCUGCCUAGAGCAAGGAGGAGAACCAGAAAGGCCAAUCGGCCGACAGCCCCUAUGGCUAGGUUGUUUGGGCCAGCUAUAUUUGAGGCAUCAAAGCUGAAAGUGUUGUUUUUAGGAGUUGAUGAGAAGAAGCACCCAGGAAAAUUGCCAAGAACUUACACACUCACACACAGUGAUAUCACCUCUAAACUCACUCUAGCCAUAUCACAGACCAUAAACAAUUCACAGUUGCAAGGAUGGUACAACAGAUUACAGAGAGAUGAAGUGGUGGCCCAAUGGAAAAAGAUCAAAGGAAAGAUGUCUCUUCAUGUUCAUUGUCACAUUAGUGGUGGCCACUUCCUAUUAGACCUCUGUGCAAGGCUUCGAUACUUCAUCUUCUGCAAAGAACUUCCCGUGGUGCUGAAAGCGUUUGCCUACGCGGACGAGGACCUGUUGAACAGUUACCCGGAACUUCUAGAUGCCUUGGUCUGGGUUUAUUUCCACUCAAACUUGCCGGAAUUCAACAAGGUCGAGUGCUGGGGCCCACUCAAGGAGGCUUCGGGCUCGUCCAUCUCUUGCUUUCCUCUGGAAAGCGAUCACAAUCGGCAUGAAGCAGCCGAGUUAGAGACUCCCAAACCAUGUCCCGAGGCCUGCUCUUGCUGUUUUCCGACCGAUCAGCUGAUCAAUACCUGA